UUGGCAAACGCAAACGCUUCACUGUGCAUUCAAACGAGACGUGACCCGCUUUUCCGCUUGCCGGUGGAGUCAUUUAAAGUCCACGGGAAAGUCAGCUGACUGGAAAAUUUAAAUCCCCCCUGGACUUCCAAGAACUUGGCGCGUAAAUUUAUGAAUGAAACGCCACUUUCCAUUGGCCCCAUUCAAGAAUCCUCUGCGGUGCUGUGUAUCGGUCUCAUUUCCUUCGAGUCCGUCCAGCAGUCAAGGUCGUUCCCGUGUAAGUCCCGGUGUAAGCUUGUGCGUAGUGCCAGUGAAACGAAAACACUAGAACAGAACAUUCGAAAUAAAAUGUCGGUUAGUCAGGAAACGCUAGAUAUGAUUACGGCGGCUAUCAAGAGCGGAACCAACGAACAGGGUUCGUUGGUAAGAUCCAAAUUGACCAACAGAUUGGUGUGGAACUCCGGCGAGAAUGACGAAAACGAUCCGUUCACGCAGUACUUGGCGAUGAUUGGGGCGAUCGGUGCUGGUCAGGGCCAGAAGGAACUGGAGGAAAAACCGUUGCAACGAGCCGAAAACUGUGGCACACGCACAGUCCUCGGGCAGAUCAAUUCGCAGCAGCAGCAACAGCAUGAUGGCUCUGUGGUGCUUGACGGCACGAAAGGGCGCAAGAGCGACAAGAAGCAGGACAAGGAAAAUUGGCGCGAUCAGUGGGAGAUUUUGAAGAAAUCUGGCAUGUUCUGUAGCCUGUGCAAGAACAACAAGGAAGGAAGAGAGAUGUAUUUAUCGCACAAUCUCAAAGGUCCCAACGGAGAGGUGACCUGCCCGAUACUGCUCGAGUGUGAGUGCCCACGAUGCGGCAUGCGGGGACAUACCAUCGCGUACUGUCCGGAGAACAAAACGGGAACCAGUAUCCUCAAGAUGAUCAAUCAUCACAACCGAAUCUAAAAUCCGCAUGUGACUCGAGAUGUUCAUCGACUUAUUUUUUAGUACCCUGCUUGUUGUUGGUACUAAUCC